ACUUGGGAAUUGCUUUUGCUUAAUUCUAUCGCUUGUCAAAGAUUUAGUCACAGACUUUAUAGACUUUGCAACCAAUUUCCGGGACCAUGGCAAUCCAGGGUUGCCUUAUAACAUGACCUAUCUGUUGUUUGCAGCUGAUGUUUUAAUGCAGUCACUGCUAGCGGCAUACAACCCGGUUAUCUUCGUGGUAAACUCAAAGUCGGUACAAAGAACAGUUUUCCAGACGCUAACCGAAACAGUGGUCUUUACCAACAAAGUCAGUGUAUCCAGGAACCUGACCAUUCAGCAAGCAGAUGAUGUUGAACAAGCCACCAUUAGACCAGUCCACCGAUCACCACAACCCAGAAGACCACAAGUUGGGCCGCCUAGACCUACUUCAGUGACAUUCAACCGGACAAUUUCCAUCACUGUGUACACCUCAGUAGAUGUGGCUGAGCCGGUGACAGGAGAGGCCAUCAGACUUCCUCUGAACCACAUUCCUUCUAUCCCCACCAUCUCAAUCCCGGUAACACAACUUCUCAACCCUAUGAGAAUGCCUUCUAUUGGGGGAGGUUACUACGGUAAAGUUUACAAGUACACAGAUGAACUUAUUGGUUGUUCAGUGGCCUUGAAACACAUCCAACUUGUAGCUCAUGGACGGGUUAGAAGUACCAUUGAAGACGUCAAAAAGGAGAUAAAUAUCAACAGUCAGCUGACGAGCCACAACAACAUAGUUCAGUACGUGGGGUGUGUAGGUUUGGAACAGAGCAACUGGUACAUUAUCCAGGAGUACAUGCUGCUAGGGUCACUGAAAAGCAAGCUGGAGAUCCAAGCAAGACAGCUGACUGUAACUGAUCAACAAACCCGGCCAGUGUUACCGGAACGAUUAAUAUUGAAGUUUACUUUGGAAAUGGCAUGUGGGCUGGAGUAUCUUCAUCAACAAAAGAUCGUCCAUCGUGAUCUUCGGUCUCCGAACGUGUUGAUAUCCUCAACGGAGACGGCCAAACUUGCCGACUUUGGACUGUCGAAGAAACUAGAGGCAGUUGUGCGAACUGCUGGGGAUUAUACGCCCGAUGUUGGUAAUGCUUAUUGGCGCGCCCCUGAGGUGAUGAACACUGAAGAGUGUGGCUUUCCUGUUGACGUGUGGAGUUUAGGGAUCACCAUGCUGGAAAUGAUCUACAAUGAACCUCCAUUCAUGAAUGAUGAGCCAUUUAAAUACAUGUGGAAGCUAGCAAGAAGUAAGAAAAUUCCUGAAAUUCCACAAUUUGUUGGGGCUGAUUUACAAGAAGUUUUGACGAUAUGCUUGAUGUAUGAUCCUGCAGAAAGACCCCUGGCAAGUGAGCUUCUUAAACAUAUUUUAGAAAUCAGAAAAUGAAUAAUUGAAGAAGAUAUCAAUUUUAGGUUCGGUCAUAGGUGAUUCGAACAAUUUGAUGUAAUUCAAGAAGUAUUUUUAAAU